UCUGUCACGUGUCAUCUCCCCCCCCACCCCCAACCAACUCACCGCCCAUCUUUGCCGGUACUGUAAGCGUUUAUUUUUCUCGAAAAAAUAGCCCGUUAACCUAAUCAUCGCCUCUUCGAACUGACCUUUCAUCGCGUCCAUGACCGAGCGGGCCGGCGCUGACGUAAUCGGGUCGCGCCGGCGUGGCCUGGGCCUUAGGCCUCGGCUCUCGGGAGCGGCCGCCUCAGAGGUUUUACUGACGCAAAAUAUGGAGACACUGACCACUCCGUUAGCUUUGGGACUAUUGGCUGGAAUAGGGUCUGGUUUGUGCCUGGGUUGGUUAGUUCGUGGGCGAUUUAAUGGAUCAUUUAAAACCAUGCCGUCGGUGCGAAACACGACGAUGGAAACCAGCGUCAUGGGAGAGAGUGGAGAGCACAAAAUGGUUCUGGUGGUUCGCAACGACCUGAAGAUGGGCAAGGGUAAAGUGGCAGCUCAGUGCUCCCAUGCUGCUGUCUCUGCAUACAGGCAGCUCCAGGCACGGAAUCCAGGUCUGCUCAGGCAGUGGGAGUACUGCGGGCAACCAAAAGUGGUUCUCAAGGCACCCGACGAGGAUAGCAUAGUGGAUUUGUUAACGCAGGCCAGGGAGUUGGGCCUGACCGUCAGUUUGAUCCAGGAUGCUGGCCGCACUCAGAUAGCACCUGGGUCACGUACUGUCCUGGGCAUUGGACCAGGCUCAGCAAAUCUGGUGGACAAAGUUACAGGACAUCUGAAACUUUAUUGAAAUGUAUCUGUGCCUCGACUGUCUGGGCAAUUGGACACACUUGUGGAUCUGGAAUCUAUCACCGGGACGUUUCUCAGCAGAUAGGAUCCAGA